AUGCCAUCGAAAGUUGAAACCCACGAGUUCACUGCUGAGAUCACUCAGUUGAUGUCCUUGAUCAUCAACACUGUCUAUUCUAACAAGGAAAUUUUCUUGAGAGAAUUGAUCUCCAACGCCUCUGAUGCUUUGGACAAAAUCAGAUAUGAAGCUCUUUCGGAACCAUCUAAAUUGGAAUCUGAACCUGAAUUAUUCAUCAGAAUCACCCCAAGACCUGAAGAAAAGGUUUUGGAAAUUAGAGAUUCUGGUAUUGGUUUGACCAAGGCUGAUUUAAUCAACAACUUGGGUACUAUUGCUAAGUCUGGUACCAAGGCCUUUAUGGAAGCUCUUUCCGCUGGUGCUGAUGUCACCAUGAUUGGUCAAUUCGGUGUUGGUUUCUACUCCUUGUUCUUGGUUGCUGAUCACGUUCAAGUCAUUACCAAGCACAAUGAUGAUGAACAAUACAUUUGGGAAUCCAACGCUGGUGGUAAGUUUACCGUCACCGAAGAUGACUCGCAUGAAAGAUUAACCAGAGGUACUGUCAUUAGAUUAUUUUUGAAGGAUGACCAAUUGGAUUACUUGGAAGAAAAGAGAAUUAAGGAAGUUGUCAAGAGACACUCUGAAUUUGUUUCAUACCCAAUCCAAUUGGUGGUCACCAAGGAAGUCGAGAAGGAAGUUAAAGAUGAAGAUGCCGAAGAAGAAGAAGUCAAGGAAGGAGAUGACAAGCAACCAAAGUUGGAAGAAGUUGAAGAUGAAAGUGAAAAGAAGGAAGAAAAGACAAAGACCAUCAAGGAGACCGUUACUGAAACUGAAGAGUUGAACAAGACCAAGCCUUUGUGGACCAGAACCCCAUCUGAAGUCACUCAAGACGAAUACAAUGCCUUCUACAAGUCUAUUUCCAAUGACUGGGAAGACCCUUUGGCUGUCAAGCACUUUUCUGUUGAAGGUCAAUUGGAAUUCAAGGCUAUCUUGUUCAUUCCCAAGAGACCUCCUUUUGAUGCUUUCGAAACCAAAAAGAAGAAGAACAACAUUAAAUUGUAUGUUAGACGUGUUUUCAUCACUGAUGAAGCUGAAGACUUUAUUCCAGAAUGGUUGAGCUUUGUUAAGGGUGUUGUCGACUCUGAAGAUUUGCCAUUGAACUUGUCCAGAGAAGUCUUGCAACAGAAUAAGAUUUUGAAGGUCAUCAAGAAGAACAUCGUCAAGAAAUUGAUCGAGACCUUCAAUGAAAUUGCUGAAGACUCUGAACAAUUUGACAAAUUCUACAGUGCUUUCUCUAAGAACAUUAAGUUGGGUAUCCACGAGGACCAACAAAACAGAGCUGCUUUGUCUAAAUUAUUGAGAUACAACUCCACCAAGUCUGCUGAAGAAUUGACCUCUUUGACUGACUACGUCACCAGAAUGCCAGAACACCAAAAGAACAUCUACUACAUCACUGGAGAAACCAUCAAGGCUGUAGAAAAAUCUCCAUUCUUGGAAGCCUUAAAAGCUAAAGACUUUGAAGUCUUGUUCUUGGUUGACCCAAUUGAUGAAUACGCCAUGACUCAAUUAAAGGAAUUCGAAGACAAGAAAUUGGUAGACAUUACCAAGGAUUUCGAAUUAGAAGAAACCGAAGAAGAAAAGAAGGCUAGAGAAGAAGAAAUCAAGGAAUUUGAGCCAUUAACCAAGGCUUUGAAAGACGUCUUGGGUGACCUCGUCGAAAAGGUUGUCAUCUCCCACAAAUUGGUUGAUGCUCCAGCUGCUAUCAGAACUGGUCAAUUCGGUUGGUCUGCUAACAUGGAAAGAAUCAUGAAGGCUCAAGCUUUGAGAGACACUUCUAUGUCUUCUUACAUGUCUUCCAAGAAGACCUUUGAAAUUUCUCCAAGAUCUUCAAUCAUCAGGGAAUUGAAGAAGAAGGUUGAAACCGACGGUGCCGAAGAUAAGACUGUCAAGGAUUUGACUACCUUGUUGUACGAAACCGCUUUGUUGACCUCUGGUUUCUCUUUGGAAGAACCAGCUUCGUUCGCUGCUAGAAUCAACAGAUUGAUCUCUUUGGGUUUGAACAUUGACGAAGAUGAACCUGAAGCAGAAAUUGCGACUACUACUACUGCUACCACCGAGGAAGCUGUCGAGUCCAACAUGGAAGAAGUUGAUUGA